CCCGAAGCUGACAGUUCUCUCUAAUCUUUCCAAGAUCCAAGAUCGAUAGAUUCAAUACAAUAAUUUCUAUGCUUCUUCUUCGAUUGAAUGGAACUGGAAGUAACAGAAUGAAAAAUCUUCAUGUUCUUUUCAAGCCAAGGAUUGCCUUCUUCAAUUCAACGUCUUCUUCAUCAUCACCUCAGAUUUCAUCUCAGGAAACCCAUUUCAUCGAUCUAAUACAUGCUUCCGAUUCGACCCACAAGCUUCGUCAGAUCCAUGGUCAACUCUACCGCUGUAACAUCUUCUCCAGCAGCCGGGUCGUGACCCAGUUCAUCUCUUCGUGUUCUUCGUUAAAUUCUGUCGACUAUGCGGUUUUGAUCUUCCAGCGGUUCGAGUUGAAGAAUAGUUUCCUCUUCAAUGCAUUGAUUCGAGGACUCGCUGAAAAUUCCAGGUUCGAGAGCUCAAUUGCUUACUUUGUUUGCAUGCUGAGGUGGGAAAUUAGCCCUGAUAGGCUUACUUUUCCGUUUGUGCUCAAAUCAGCGGCGGCUCUUUCCAAUGGUGGCGUUGGGAGUGCUUUACAUUCUGGGAUUGUGAAAUUUGGACUUGAAUUUGAUUCUUUUGUGAGGGUUUCGUUGGUGGACAUGUACGUGAAAGUUGACGAUUUGGGUUCUGCCUUGAAGGUGUUUGAUGAAAGUCCUGACAGAAUUAAGAAGGAAAAUGUGUUGAUUUGGAAUGUUCUUAUUCAUGGGUAUUGUAGAGUGGGGAAUUUGGUAAAAGCUACGGAGCUAUUCGAGACAAUGCCUAAGAAGGAUACAGGUUCUUGGAAUAGUUUGAUUAAUGGCUUCAUGAGAAAGGGGCAGUUGGGUCCAGCAAACGAACUGUUUGAGAAAAUGCCUGAAAAGAAUGUGGUUUCUUGGACUACAAUGGUGAAUGGAUUUUCACAGAAUGGAGACCCUGAAAAGGCACUGCAAUUUUUCUUUUGUAUGCUCGAAGAAGGCGCACGGCCGAACGAUUACACAAUUGUCUCUGCACUUUCAGCUUGUGCAAAACUUGGUGCCUUAGAUGCUGGUUUAAGGAUCCAUAGAUACCUUUCAAGCCAUGGUUUCAAAUUGAAUCAAACGAUUGGAACUGCACUUGUGGAUAUGUAUGCAAAAUGUGGAAACAUUGAGUCUGCAGGAGAGGUGUUUCGUGAAAUAAAACAAAAGGGUCUUCUUACUUGGAGUGUUAUGAUCUGGGGCUGGGCUAUCCAUGGACAUUUUAAGAAAUCUAUACAAUACUUUGAAUGGAUGAAGUCUACAGGAACAAAGCCAGAUGGGGUGGUGUUUCUAGCUGUUCUUACUGCUUGCUCACAUUCUGGACAAGUAGACGAUGGACUCGAGUUUUUCGACAGUAUGAGGCGAGACUACUUGAUUGAGCCUUCUAUGAAGCAUUACACUCUGAUUGUAGACAUGCUAGGAAGGGCUGGUAGACUAGAUGAAGCUCUAAAGUUCCUAAGAGACAUGCCUAUCAAUCCGGAUUUUGUGGUCUGGGGUGCUCUAUUUUGUGCUUGCAGGGCUCAUAAGAACAUUAAAAUGGCCGAAUUAGCAUCCGAAAAGCUUCUUGAACUUGAACCGAAGCAUCCGGGGAGUUACGUAUUUUUGUCGAAUGCAUAUGCUGCUGUAGGAAGAUGGGAAGAUGCAGAGAGAGUGAGAGUUUCAAUGCGAGAUCGAGGUGCACAAAAGGAUCCAGGAUGGAGCUUCAUGGAAGUGGAUGAUAAGUUACAUAGAUUUGUGGCUGGUGAUAAUACUCAUAACCGUGCCCAAGAGAUAUACUCGAAAUUAGAUGAGAUAAAUGCAGGUGCCAGGGAAAAAGGAUACACAAAAGGAAUUGAGUGUGUUCUUCAUAACAUUGAAGAGGAAGAGAAGGAAGAAGCACUGGGACAUCACAGCGAGAAGUUGGCGCUUGCUUUCGGGCUCGUUAGUACAGCCCCGGAAACGACGAUUAGGAUAGUGAAAAACCUUAGAGUUUGUGUGGAUUGUCAUUCAUUCAUGAAAUAUGCAAGUAAAAUGAGCCAGAGAGAGAUCAUUCUGCGGGAUAUGAAACGAUUUCAUCAUUUUCAUGAUGGGGUUUGUUCAUGUGGAGAUUAUUGGUAAAAGAUUGUUGAUCAGAGAAGGUGGAACUACUGAUGCUUUUGUUACUGAGGUUGCCACUUAUAGCUAAGCCUACUCCCAUACUUCUCGAAUCUCCGUUCUCGCAAAAUUCUCGACAUCAAACCAUUUUCGAGAUAUUCGGCUCCGUUUUUAACUCUCACCAGGCUUUGUUGGAUGAAAAGAAAAGUUGAAAAGUCCCACAUCGGCUAAUUCCUUAGGGAAUGUUCAUGGGUUUUCAAGGAAUACUCCCUCCAUUGGUAUGAGACCUCUUGGGGAAAAGUCCCGCAUCUGCCAAUUUAGGGAAUGUUCAUGGGUUUUCAAGGAAUACUCUCUCCAUUGGUAUGAAGCAUUUUGGGGAAGCCCAAAGCAAAGCCACAAGAGCUUAUGCUCAAA